AUAAUCCUGUAGGUUUCAUAGAUUGAUCAAUUGUGGCACCGGCAAUGUGGUGGCGAGGUUUACAUCCUCGAAUUGUUCCACCGGUCAAAAGAUGACCUGCUUUUCUGAAAUGAAUUCUGUUUCCCAAGCAGUUAAUCAUUGGUCAUUGCAUUCCUGGAUGUAUCCGCAGUCUCCUCUACCGCCUUCAGUUAUAUCAGCUUUAACAUUGUCUGCUUCAACGGGAGGGCAACUGGACUUUUUAAGCGAAAGGCAGCUAGCAUGGCAGGAUUCCUUUCGAAGUUUAUAUUACAUGCUUCGGAAGAAUGUUUGCAGCAUCUUCUACGUCUGCACAGCUCAAUUUGUGGUCAUGUUCACCAGUUCUUAUUCUGAGGAAAACUGCAUUUGCAAUGCAUAUAUAUCUCAGUCAACCCGUGGUUUGAGGUCAUUACUCAAAGAACAUGAUGUUUCUUUUUCUAUGCCGCUUUGCCGCUCAAAAUUGGAGGAACUUAGUACAGAAGAGCUGCUUGAGCUUUCAGAGAUUGAGAAACAAAAUCUGGGCCAGGUAAUUUGUCAUGUAGUUGAGACUCACGUGGAAAAAAAUCCGGGAGAGAAAUUUGCUUACAAAUCUUUGUAUUAAUGAUGUCAGAUUCUUUGACUUACUUGUCAAUGCCUAGUUUUAAGAAAGGGAGAAUUGUACAAAGUAUUAAAAAGGGCAGCCCAGUGCACAAAGUAUUCCGCGUUCACGCAGGGUCCGAGGAAGGCUGCACCCUAAGGAGGUGUGAUGUAGGCAGCCUGCCCUGAUGCAAGCAUCAGUGACUGAUUCCACGACUUGAACCCGUGAUCAAUAGGUCACACAGAGACAACUUGACCGUUGCUUCAAGGCUUCCCUUCAAUUGUCCAAAGUAUUGAGUGUUUUUUUCAUGUUAUGUCUGAGUUUCCUUUGCCUUAAUGAACUUAAACUUUCUCAAUGUGGAAAUUUUGGAGUAAUUAUAGUGAUGUAUAAAAUUACUUUAGUGCUUGCUAGAAGAACUGUCGCGGUGUAUUCAAAUAUUGGAUUAUUCAGUUUCCCCUUUUACCAUGAAAAACUUUUUUAUUGUUGAAGUAUGUCAACUGCUUCCUUUAACAGCUUAAACUGCCAGAGACGAGACACUUUAUAGUUCACAACAUUGUCCCCCUGCUCCACCCAAAUAUUUUUUGAUUUUUUUUCCUUGGGC